GAGAGAAGCUAAGCAUGGCGGCAUUCAUCAUUGUCCUCCUCACAUCUCUACUAUCUCUCACCACUCUCCCCGCCGCCGAAUCCCGACUCUACACCAACUACUACCAAAAAUCGUGCCCGAGAUUCGCCCAAAUUGUCCAAGACACCGUGACCAAUAAGCAGAUCAUGAAUCCCACCACCGCCGCCGCCACUCUCCGCCUUUUCUUCCACGACUGCCUCGCCAACGGCUGCGACGCCUCCAUCCUCCUCUCCUCCACCCCCUUCAACAAGGCCGAGCGCGACGCCGACAUCAACCUCUCCCUCCCCGGCGACGCCUUCGACGUCGUCGUCCGCGCCAAGACCGCCCUCGAGCUCGCCUGCCCCAACACCGUCUCCUGCGCCGACAUCCUCGCCGUCGCCACCCGCGAUCUCGUCACCAUGAUGGGGGGGCCCUUCUACAACGUCCCACUCGGCCGCCGCGAUGGCCGCUUCUCCAAAGCCUCCGCCGUCGAAGGCAACCUCCCCCGCCCCGCCAUGUCCAUCUCCCAGCUCAUCCAGGUUUUCGGGUCCAGGGGCUUCUCCGUCCAGGAAAUGGUCGCCCUCAGCGGGGCCCACACCAUUGGGUUCUCCCACUGCAGCGAGUUCAGCUCCUCGAUUUACAACUACAGCAAGUCGGCGCAGUCCGACCCGAGUUACAACCCGAGAUUCGCGUCCGGGUUGCAGCGGGCAUGCGCGGAUUUCAAGACAAACCCAACUCUAUCCGUAUUUAACGACGUUAUGACGCCGAACAAAUUCGACAAUGUCUACUUCCAAAACUUACCAAAGGGGUUGGGGGUUUUGAAAUCGGACCACGCGCUGUUUGACGACGCGAGGACGCGGCCGUUUGUGGAGCUGUACGCAAACGACCAGAACCGCUUCUUCGGGGAUUUUGCCAAGGCGAUGGAGAAGCUCGGCGUGUUAGGGAUUCAGACCGGAAGGCGGGGAGAGAUUAGGCACAGAUGCGACAAGUCUAAUUAUUAAUUAAUUAAUUUACGAUUCGCAUUUAAAUAAUUUGAAAAGGAGAAAAAGACUUUGUUUUAAUUUCUUUGUUUUUUUUUUUUGGGUGCUUUUUUAAGUGCAUUUUGUGGUGAGAUCCAAUAUUUGUGAGAAGAAAUGAUAAUAUGUAUACUUGUUUAUUUA